ACACCCAGGUCAGAGCGAGGGAGCUCAGUACCUUUGGUCGUGUCACCCCGAACGGAAUAACCUCUCUGCCAUGGGAUCGAAAACCAUACCGGAUAUAUUACUUCACAGUCUUCAUGGACAACAGUUUUUAAUCACUUGCGGCCCUGUUAGCAUCACCAGAUCUCUCCCACAAGCAACACACACCUCCUCCAUGUCUCAGAAUCAGAGAAGGCUUAAAAAUGGCACUCUCUCGACUAGAACGAAACCGGCUAUUCUAAGAACUCGAAAGAGAAAGAACUCUGAAAAUGAAGAUGAAAAUAAAGAAGUAAAACAGGCCAGAUUGGAUACGACGGAAAUGCCUCUUCCCCUUGGUGAUGUAACCUCAAGCCUCAACAUAGAAAGAGAAAGAUCAAUUACUCCAGAUAACCCUGUACCGGAAACAUGGCACAAAUUCAGAGGCUUGACUUGCAUCCCAACACCAGAGUCCAACAGAAAACUACCACUGCCAAAACUAAGUUGGGCAGAUCGAGGGCAGGUGUGGACACUAAUGUGUCGGAAAGACCGCAUGUAUGCACGCCAACCUGACUACCUCUCACAGCAUCCAUCUCUUCAAGCGCGCAUGAGAGCUAUUCUCUUAGAUUGGCUGACAGAAGUGUGUGAAGUAUAUAGGCUGCACAGAGAGACCUAUUAUCUAGCUACAGACUACAUAGACCGCUACCUCAGUGCUACACAUGAUGUACCCAAACAGCAACUACAGCUUAUAGGUAUAACAUGUUUAUUCAUAGCUGCAAAAAUAGAAGAAAUUUACCCACCAAAGUUGUCAGAGUUUGCAUAUGUGACAGAUGGUGCCUGUAUAGAAAAUGAAAUCCUAGUAAAAGAGCUAGUCAUACUACAGAAACUUAAUUGGGACUUGUGUCCUGUAACCUCAAACUGCUGGUUAAACACAUACCUGCAGUUGAGCCAAGAAUUCGCCAUGCGAGAGGCCAAUGGUGGAGAAUCUUCCAGUGAUGAUCAUAGUUUUGUAUAUCCUCGUUACUCACCGUUAACAUUUGUUCAGGCAGCAAGAUUGUUGGAUCUGUGUACCCUUGAGAUUUCCAGCUUGUCCUUCAGCUCAAGCAUAGUUGCUGCUACUGCAAUGUGCUACAUGACCUCCCCACAGUUGGCAAGUCAAGUAUCGGGUUAUUCUACAGAGGAGAUGCAAGCAUGCUAUGAUUGGAUGGCAGCUUUUGCAGUCACAGUGCAUGAAAUGGGGCCAAUGCAGUUGAAGUCCUUCAGCCAAGUGGCCCAAGAUGACAUCCAUAACAUUCAGACACACUCAGUUGAUCUUGACACUUUGGAACGAGCUCAGAUUAGAUUAAGUCAGAUUCAGUCGUCAUCCUCUCGGAGUAGCCCUCAGACCACAGAAGUUUCUGUGGCUAUGCUCACUCCACCCAAAACUGAUGAGAAGACUAGAUUUGUAGAGUAUACUGGAUAGGAAGUUCAACAGUGUAGAUUUAAGUGUGCAAAUGGCUCAAUAACACUCAUUUGGUCCAUUCCAUAGUGGUGAUUAGAUAUUUCCAGCAUGAUCUUUAGGGCUCAGGAUUAUAUCUUGAUUAAACCUGUAUAUUGUAAGCCAGUUUUACAGGGUGUCUUCUGUAGGAUUAUGCAUGCAGUGGUUGAAGCCAUGUAGCCAUCUCUUUUAAACAUAUCAAGCAUGAUAAUGGCCAUGCUUAUACAUAUCAGAGGCAUUUUAUGCUAGUUAUAGUGACCUAACAAACAAAAAAAAAUAUAUAAAAAAUAUUGUAUAUUUGCUUUGCUCACUAAUGCGCAUGCUAGACAUCAUAUUUUCUUACAUGUUGUGGAUGUUACAGGAUAUUUGAGUUGUUUUAAUGGGAAAAUUACAUUAUGGGGUUAUUCAGUGUCUUGAAGUAUUGACAGUUUUUGGUAUGAGUUCUCUUAUGCAUAUGGAUGAUAAAUUGGUAAUUUAUUGACGUCAUGCAGGUUCCUCCUGUCAUCAUGGGCUUGUUAGUGAGUUCUCUUAAUUUAUAUUCUUGUACAUAAUUAGGUAUGUUAUAUUACAAUAAGGUUCAAAUCGAAUAGAUAGUGAUUAGCCAAAUAAAACACUUUGGAGUUACAAGAUGGAGAGGAUCUUAGUGGUCAGCAUUGCAAGGAGUGGCAUUUUGCUGUCAUGAAGACAGGCUGUGUACAUAUCACUAUGACUGUGCCUGGUAAAACAAAUCUAGUCUUUUUCCGUAAGGGGAUUACAAUUUAUUUUGUUUUAGUGCCGAGUGCAAUGGUGUUUCAUAGGAAUAUAUGAAGUACAUUUUUUUCAUUGUUUUUCCUCUUCAACUCCUAAACUAACAAGAGACGUAGUGCUGUUUUGUAUAACGAAUCAUUGCAUCAUGCCAGCUUUUGUAUUUUUUUUUCUUCAGUUUAAACAUAUAUGCGCAAAUAUUAUCAUCUUUGGGAGUUUCAACACUGCGUUCAUCUUUGUGUUAUCUGUGUGAUGCUGCAGGGCUAUUAUAAAGACUUCAUGUUGGAGCCUUACAAAUACAACUUAAAGGAGCCAGACUCCUUUUCCUUUUUGAGUCAACGAAUUUAUAAAGGAGCUAGGGCUUUUGUGUGUUGCUCCCUGGCUCCAAAGAAUUUGUGCCAAUGACACUGCCAUUAAAUAAGGGGCAUUUUCACCUGUGACCAGUCCAGCACUGUCAGUAUUUAUCUGGGCAUUGUCCUUUAUCAUUGUUACUUUUACAAGAGAUAUUCAGUUUUAUUAUUAUUAUUUUCUUCAUUGAGUUAGCCAGUCUAUAGGAAAUUGGAGAAUACCUUUGUUCAUUAGGUGUUUCAAAACCAUGGCAUUUUGUUUUAUUAAAUUCUUGCAUACUGUU